AUCUACUGAGACUGCAGAGGAGGAUGCAGCCGAGUCUGUGGCUACUGUGUCUGGGGGCGACGCCUCGCCAACGUAUCAGACUGCGACUGCCGAGUCGCUGGGACUCACGCCGCCCCUUUGUGGGCACCGACGGAUUUGGAUUGCUUGCAGGGACGCCCAGUAUGGAGGAGAUGCCUAAGCGCAAACGCGGCCGACCACCUAAGAAGGACGUGGCGGCACGAGCCAAGGCUGAGAUGGAAAAGACUCUGAAGCAGCAGUUCCCUAUGUGGGGAUACGGUCUGCCAAUGCCAUUACUACCAGGUUUCCCAGGUAUGUUGCCUGGCAUGUCAAACCCGGGUGCUGUUGUCAAAGAUCACUCUGCGGAUGAUGCGUUAAAAGACGAAGACGGGGAUGGUGAACGUCCUUCUAAGAUGGCGAAGAAGAAGCCGCGGGGAACAGGCAAACCUCGAGGCAGACCACGCACGCGUCCUCGUCCCGGUGAGAUUAUUCGUCGAGUAAAGCCCCCCCCUAUUGCGCCCGCAAACUAUUCGGUUAUGUACAACUAUUCUCUCUCCAACUUGGCACAAAAGAGUGCGGAGCUUAAUGCCGAUGGAACCUCAGCGGAUACGGACACUACGACGAUCACGGACGAAGCACAAGAUGAGAACCGACUGGCGCCUCUGAGCGCGUCACUGCUGUCUGGAGAGCAUGAGUAA